AUGGAAAUGACCACCAUGUUUAUCCUCUACUUUUGCUGCUCAGCUUGGAUGUUUUCCUCCUUUAGCCUUGGGUCUCAAACCCUUGAGGAUGAAGCUGGAUCUUCAACAAGUGGGGAAGCGUCCCUUGAGACUAAACCUCAGCCCUGGGAUCAGCCUCUAGAUGGAGAAAAUAGCCCUGAUCUCCUUCCACCCCUCCUCAAGGUCUUAGUCAACAGUCAUCUUCCUGGGGCACCGAGGCUACAACCUGAUUCAAUAGCCCUGCGUUACAUGAAGAGGCUUUAUAAAACAUAUGCCACCAAGGAAGGAAUUCCUAAAUCUGACAGAAGUCAUCUCUACAACACUGUCCGUCUAUUUACACCAAGUGCCCAGCACCAACAGCCCUCUUGGGGCCAAGUCACAGGAGUUCUUCAAUCAAUGGAUUUGCUCUUUAACCUGGACCGUAUUACUGCUCCUGAACACUUACUCAAGUCUGUUUUGCUAUACUCUUUGAAAAACUUGGUUUAUUUUUCUUCCACCACUAAGUGUAUGUGCUACCUAGUUGUAAAAGAACCUGAAUGUUUUAGCCCGCCUUGUUUCAGGUCUCCACAGUCUUCUAAUUUACAGUUUGAAUUUAGAAAAAAUCACAAGUGGAUUGAAAUAGAUGUGACCACUUUGCUUCAGCCACUAGUUGCCUCCAACAAGAGAAAUAUCCACAUAGCUGUGAAUUUUACUUGUUACAAAGAUCAGGAUGAGUUAUUUGACAUGGCCAUAUUAAUGGCCCCAUCACUAUUAGUAUAUCUGAAUGACACAAGUGCUCAGGCUUACCAUAGAUGGAAUUCCCUAAGAUUCAAAGGAAGGCACCAACUGUUCCCCUACCAGAGAGAUCCUAUGGAAGAAGAAUUGAUCUGGGGCAGAAAAUCUUCUCGUCACCGAAGAGAUGAAGGAAUUGGACACCCCAAAGCAAAGAGUCCCAAAAUGCUAGACUCGAACAACCUGAGUGAAUAUUUCAAACAAUUUCUGUUUCCUGAGAAUGAGUGUGAGCUCCAUGACUUUAAACUGAGCUUUAGCCAGCUAAAGUGGGACAGCUGGAUUGUGGCACCACACAGAUACAAUCCUCGCUACUGCAAAGGUGACUGUCCCAGGCUCGUUAGGCAUCGGUAUGGUUCUCCUGUCCAUACUAUGGUGCAAAACAUAAUCUAUGAGAAGCUGGACUCCUCCAUCCCAAGGCCUUCUUGUGUGCCUGCUAAAUACAGCCCCUUGAGUGUCUUGACUAUUGAGCCUGAUGGCUCUAUCGCUUAUAAAGAAUAUGAAGACAUGAUAGCAACAAAAUGUACUUGUCGUUAG